AUAAGAACAAUAUAUGAGUUGCCGUCAAAUGAACAAAAAUUCAGUAAAACAACUUUUCUGUACCAACUAAUAACGAUAAAUAGCUAUCAGCGUGUCAUUGUAGCCUUCAAAGCACAUUCACGUUUGGACGUGUUAUCUUCUACGUUGAUUUUGCAAUUAUGGUUAACCCGGACGUAGUACCAAAAGUGAAACUGAACAAUGGUGUGGAAAUACCAAUUUUGGGGUACGGCACAUUUGAUUCUAAACCAGGAGAAGUAAAACAAGCUGUAAAGGAUGCAAUCGAUGCCGGUUACAGGCAUAUUGACUGCGCAUGGGCUUACAGAAACGAAAAGGAAAUUGGUGAAGCGAUCAAAGAAAAAAUUGAUGAGAAUGUUGUCAAAAGGGAAGACCUCUUUAUUGUUAGCAAAUUGUGGUGUACUUUCCACAAACCGGAAGCUGUCGAACCAGCACUUAGGGAGUCGUUAAACGAUUUGGGAGUGGACUAUUUGGAUCUAUAUUUGAUGCAUCAGGCUUUGGAUUUUAAACCAGGCGAUAAUAUUUUCCCAAUAGACGAAAAUGGUCAAGUGAUUCCAGGAGAUGCUGACUAUGUGGAUACGUGGAAAGCAAUGGCGGAAUGUUACAAAAAAGGACUCGUCAAAUCAAUUGGAGUAUCUAAUUUUAAUAGGCGACAGAUCGAAAGGCUUCUUGUAAUGACUAAAGUUGUACCAGUCACAAAUCAAGUUGAAUGCCAUCCCUAUUUGAGUCAAAAGAAACUCUUUGAAUUUUGCAAAUCAAAAGGAAUUACAAUUACCGCUCACAGUACACUUGGAGCCCCGGGUAGUAAUUAUGCAAAGCCAAACACUCCAAAAGUAUUGGAGGACGCUAAAAUUAAAGCUAUAGCCCAGAAACAUAAUAAAACCCCUGCUCAAGUAGUACUCAGAUGGCAUAUCCAAAGAGGCAUAAUAGCCAUCCCAAAGUCGCUAAAUAAGAACAGGAUUAACGAGAACAUUGACAUAUUUGAUUUCCAACUUACUUCAGAUGAUAUUAAACAGAUCGACUCUAUGGAUUGCAACGGUAGAAUGUUCGCUUUAGAAUGGGCUAAAAAGCACCCCUACUACCCUUACAACGAUGAAUACUAAAUUGUAUAAGCAGUAUUAUAAG